UAGUGAGACCGGAAAAUACAUUACAGAUACAGGUUGCGAAAAGCACCGCGAAAUCAACACUUUUUUAGAAAAUAGAAAAUGUCUGAUGAAAUGGAAGUAGAUCGAGAAACUGCUAAGAAACCAGAGAAAAUGUUUACUCUUAAGAAAUGGAAUUUGGUUGCUAUGUGGAGCUGGGAUGUUGAGUGUGAUACUUGUGCAAUAUGUCGUGUCCAAGUCAUGGAUGCAUGUUUGAGAUGUCAAUCUGAAAACAAACAGGAUGAUUGUGUUGUUGUGUGGGGAGAAUGCAACCAUUCCUUCCAUCUAUGCUGUAUGACAUUGUGGGUACAACAGAACAAAAGAUGUCCUCUUUGUCAACAAGACUGGGAAGUACAAAGAAUAGGAAAAUAAAACGUAGAUAUCACCAUAACAGUAUUGUCGUUAAUGUACAAGAAACUUCACUUUUAUAAAUAUUGAUCUGUUGGAUGAAGAAGUUACAGAAAUAACUCAUCCUUUGAAUAAUACAUAAUUACAGAUUGUUUAGCAGAGAAUAACAAAUGUUCUCAAGUUGACUCAGAUGCCAUUAUUAUUAUCCAUCAUCCAACAUAACCAGGCACCCAAGACAAUGUAACUUAUUUUCCUAAAGAGACUAUCCAAUGACAUUCAUAGCAUUUGAACUGAAUUGUAUUUAAGUAUACCAUUAAUUUUUUAUGAUGAAUAUAUUUAUUAUUGUGUGUAUGAAGUAAGAAAAUUAAAAUGUAAUAUUUUUA